UCGCUCUAUGACUCCUAGUAGGUACCCUCAUAUCCAGAGCUGAGCGUGUGAACACAUCUUUUCAUAAACAAAUCACUCCGAACAAGACCGCUCCAAACACUAUCAUGGCUCCUCAAAGUCUCGAAAAAGACUACCCAUGGGUCACUUCACCAGUAAUCAUCUCAGCACCCAUGAGCGGUUUCGCCGGCCAUGACCUAGCCCACGCAGUCUACAAAGCUGGCGGUAUAGGUUUCCUCGGCGCCCUUCCCGAUAUAAAAGCCCUUCGUACAGCUCUGGAAGAUGUCACAGAACUGGUCACCGGCAACAGGAUUCCAGAACCCAAUACAACAUUACCAAUCGGACUGGGCGCUUUGCUGUUUGCUCAAAAGCUUGACGAGGUCGUUGCUUUGGUCGCGGAGUUCCGUCCGACCGCCGUGUGGCUGUUCGCUGCACAUGGAUUGGCGGGUUUUAAGCUUUGGAGUGAUGCGAUACGGAAGGCAAGCAGUGAGACUAAAAUCUGGAUACAGAUCGGCAGUGUCACUGGUGCCGUGAACUUGGUUCAAUCUUGCAAUCCGGAUGUGCUCGUCUUGCAGGGCGCAGAUGCAGGCGGCCAUGGCGGUGAAAAGGGAGCAAGCAUCAUCUCGCUGAUACCCGAGACUAUACAGGCACUGGAACGACUGGGGCUAGAUGAUGUCUCAGUUGUCGCAGCCGGCGGUAUAGCCCAUGGUUCUAGCGUGGCUGCGGCAUUGACACUUGGUGCAGAUGGUGUGGUCAUGGGAACGAGCUUCCUGGCUGCAGAGGAAACUAAAGUGCAUCCAGCAUAUGUGGACGCGAUCCUAGAAACAGAAGACGGAGGACAAACUACGGUUCGCGCAAAAGUCUUCGACGAGUUGGCCGGUCCGAACAUCUGGCCUAGUGACUUUGACGGUCGUGCCCUCAUUGCCGAGAGCUAUCGAGAUCACGUCAAAGGCAUUUCUAUUGACGAUAUCCGCAAAUCGCAUGCUGAAGCGAAGCAGAGCUCGGAGCUCGGGUUCGGUGCUCACAACAGAAGAGCUGCGAUUUGGGCUGGCACGGGAGUUGGUCUGGUCCGCAAUAAAGCGCCCGCUGCUGAGAUCAUUGAUGAAGUCAGACAAGAAGCUAGAACAGCUUUAGAGAGAAUAGUCCGAGGCCUGAAGUGAGCCUGGAUUCCCAAAAUUCCAAGGAGAUAAGUCAUAAAAUCAACAAUAAAAUAAGUUAAGAUUUGCUAUACUGCCGGAAUAAUAUGGAGGAAUGAGGGGGUUGAAGAAUCGAAUAUCUAUGAUGACAAUAUUGCACUGAGAGCACUGCCAUCUGUAACUAUCUCCAACAUCUAGAUGUUGCCAAUAACACCCUUGGCGAACUGAGCGGCAGGAGUGGCAUCCUGAGUGGCGUAAGACAAGUGAGCAGCAGAGAUGAUGAAGGCACCAGCGCAAACACCGUCGCCGAGAUUGCAGUAGAUCUUGGUGCGGCCAGAGUCGAUGUUUCUGAAAGGCAUUCUCUGGAGCGGGUCACCGAAGGUAAGAGCGACCUGUGGUGAUUAUCAGCAACUAUCCAAA